GUUGUCGGCUAGUUUAAGUCGGGGAAACUGUCCGAACGCCCGAGUAUCACACCCACCCUCGUGGUACACACAAAGAGGUGGAACUCGACCACAACCACACUUCUCAUUCAAGUUCUUGUCAAUCUGCACCAGGCGCAGUAAUGGCGGAAACCAACGGUCAAGGGAGCGGCGUCAACGCUCCCCAUACUAACGGCAGGGCAACGUACGCCGAACAGUAUAAUCUGCCCUCCCACUUCAUCGGUGGGAAUACACUUGAAAAUGCCCCCCCGUCGAAAGUCAAAGACUUCGUAGCUAGCCACGGUGGUCACACGGUCAUUACCAAUGUAUUGAUUGCCAACAACGGCAUCGCCGCCGUCAAGGAGAUCCGGUCGGUACGGAAAUGGGCAUACGAGACGUUUGGCGACGAACGGGCCAUCAAGUUCACAGUGAUGGCCACCCCAGAAGAUCUUCAAGCAAACGCCGAUUAUAUCCGCAUGGCAGACCACUAUGUCGAGGUUCCUGGCGGCACAAAUAACCACAACUAUGCCAACGUCGAGUUAAUCGUCGACGUUGCGGAACGAAUGGAUGUCCAUGCCGUUUGGGCAGGAUGGGGCCACGCUUCCGAGAACCCAAAACUUCCCGAAUCUCUUGCAGCAUCACCCAAGAAGAUUGUUUUCAUUGGGCCCCCUGGCUCUGCAAUGCGAUCUCUUGGUGACAAGAUUUCUUCGACCAUUGUCGCACAACACGCCGAUGUGCCAUGCAUUCCCUGGUCUGGCUCGGGUGUCAAUGAGGUUCACAUUGACGAGAAGGGCAUUGUGACAGUUCCCGACGAGGUCUACCGCAGGGGUUGCGUGUCUUCGUGGCAAGAAGGUCUGGAGAAGGCCAGAGAGAUCGGCUUUCCCGUUAUGAUCAAGGCUUCGGAAGGCGGUGGUGGCAAGGGUAUCCGGAAAGUGAUGGACGAAGAGAAGUUUGAAGAGCUCUACAAGGCAGCAGCCAGUGAAAUUCCUGGCUCGCCCAUCUUCAUCAUGAAGUUGGCGGACAGUGCCAGGCACUUGGAAGUACAGCUGCUCGCGGAUCAAUACGGCAACAACAUUUCCCUGUUCGGACGAGACUGUUCGGUGCAGCGGAGACACCAGAAGAUCAUCGAGGAGGCGCCCGUCACGAUUGCCAAGCCCGCUACCUUCAAAGCCAUGGAGGAGGCCGCCGUCCGUCUCGGCAAACUCGUCGGCUACGUUUCCGCUGGCACUGUCGAGUAUCUCUACUCGCAUGCCGAUGACAAGUUCUACUUCUUGGAACUCAACCCCCGGUUGCAAGUCGAGCAUCCAACCACGGAAAUGGUCAGCGGCGUCAACCUGCCGGCUGCCCAGCUCCAGAUCGCCAUGGGACUGCCCUUACACCGCAUCCGGGACAUUAGACUUCUGUACGGCGUGGACCCCAAGACGUCGACGGAGAUCGACUUUGAGUUCAAGAACCCGGAGAGUGAAAAGACGCAGAGGCGUCCAACACCCAAGGGCCACACCACUGCUUGCCGUAUCACUUCUGAAGACCCGGGCGAGGGCUUCAAGCCGUCAAACGGCGUGCUCCAUGACUUGAACUUCCGUUCAAGCUCCAACGUGUGGGGUUAUUUCUCGGUCGGCUCGGCUGGUGGAAUCCACAGCUACUCGGACUCUCAGUUUGGGCAUAUUUUCGCCUAUGGCGAGAACCGCGCUGCCUCGCGGAAGCACAUGGUUGUCGCCUUGAAGGAGCUCAGUAUCCGUGGCGAUUUCCGGACUACGGUUGAGUAUCUGAUCAAGCUGCUCGAGACGGACGCCUUUGAGCAAAACACCAUCACAACCGGCUGGCUCGAUGAGCUGAUUUCCAAGAAGCUCACCGCCGAGAGGCCCGACCCCAUGCUCGCAGUUGUCUGCGGUGCUGUUACGAAAGCACACAUCGCAAGCGAGGCAUGCCUCGCUGAGUACCGCGCCGGUCUCGAAAAGGGGCAGGUCCCCGCCAAGGAUAUUCUCAAAACAGUUUUCCCCGUUGAUUUCAUCUAUGAGGGCUCCCGGUAUAAGUUCACCGUCACACGCUCGAGCUCUGACAGCUACCGUCUCUUCAUCAACGGGUCCAAGUGCACCGUCGGCGUGCGUGCCCUCAGUGAUGGCGGCCUCCUCAUUCUCCUGAGUGGUCACAGUCACAACGUCUACUGGAAAGAGGAAGCGGCUGCCACACGCUUAUCCGUCGACGGCAAGACGUGCCUGCUCGAGCAGGAGAACGACCCAACCCAGCUACGGUCCCCGUCGCCUGGUAAGCUGGUCAAGUACACGGUCGAAAACGGCGCCCAUGUCCGGUCCGGUCAAACCUUCGCUGAGGUGGAGGUUAUGAAGAUGUACAUGCCCCUUGUUGCUCAAGAGGACGGCAUCGUGCAGUUUAUCAAGCAGCCCGGCGUGACUCUCGAGGCCGGUGACAUUCUCGGCAUUCUUGCUCUUGACGACCCAAGUCGGGUCAAGCAGGCCCAGCCUUUCAUGGGCCAGCUUCCGGACUACGGCACUCCAGUCGUGGUUGGCAACAAGCCCUCACAGCGAUUCUCUCUCCAGUACAGCACGCUCAGGAAUAUCCUGUUGGGCUAUGACAACCAGAUCGUCAUGCAGGACUCUUUGAGAGAGUUAAUCGCAGUCCUUCGCGACCCGCAGUUGCCGUACAGCGAGUUUGCGGCUCAAUUCUCGGCACUCCAUGCCCGCAUGCCCAACAAACUUGAGGCCCAGUUCACACAAGUUUUGGAGCGUGCUACGCAAAGGCACGCCGAGUUCCCUGCGCGGAAUCUCAUCAAGGCACUCCAAAAGUUCCUUGACGAGAACAUCCAGUCACAGGCCGACGCCGAGCUGCUUAGAUCCACCCUGGCGCCACUCACAGCAAUUCUUGAAAGUUACGCGGACGGUCAGAAAGUUCGCGAACUCAACGUCAUUGCAGAUUUGCUGUCCCAGUACGCAGAUGUGGAGCGUCUGUUCUCUGGUCGCCGGUUGCAGGAUGAGGAGGUCAUCUUGAAACUUCGGGAUCAGCACAAGGACGACAUUCAGAAGGUUGUUCAGACCGUCCUCUCCCAUAGCAGAGUCGCCGCGAAAAACUCGUUGGUUCUGGCCAUUCUCGAAGAGUAUCGCCCGAACAAGCCCAAUGUCGGCAAUGUCGCAAAGACUCUCCGGCCUGUCCUGCGGAAGCUGGCUGAGCUUGAGUCUCGUCAAACAGCCAAAGUCUCGCUCAAGGCACGCGAGAUUCUCAUUCAGUGCGCUCUGCCGUCGCUCGAGGAAAGGACCGCCCAAAUGGAGCAUAUUCUUCGCUCCUCUGUUGUGGAGUCCCGGUACGGUGAGACCGGUUGGGAUCACCGCCAACCUAAUCUGGAGAUCAUCAAAGAAGUUGUCGACUCCAAGUAUACCGUGUUCGACGUGCUUACGCUUUUCUUCGCCCACGAGGAUGCCUGGGUGUCUCUGGCUGCACUAGAGACAUAUGUUCGUCGGGCUUAUCGUGCGUAUGUUCUCAAGAAAAUCGAGUACCAUACCGACGACGACAAGACGCCUUCUUUCGUCUCCUGGGACUUUGCUCUUCGCAAGAUUGGCCAGUCGGAAUUCGGGUUGCCGAUACAGUCGGCCGCUCCGUCAACUCCUGCGACGCCGAUCGACCAGAACUUCUCCCGGAUCAGCUCCAUCAGCGACAUGUCGUACCUGUCGCAGAGGGCACAGGAAGAACCGGUUCGGAAGGGCGUGAUCAUCGCUUGCAAGUAUCUCGACGACGCCGAAGAUCAGCUUUCGAGGGCUCUCAGCACUAUUCCGAUGGCGGGUGGACGCAAGAAGAGUCCAAACCCUCUGCUCGAGCUCAGCGACAAGCGUCGACCGGGACCGCCUGCACGCCUCGACAGCACGGAUGAGCUCUCUGCUGUGGUCAAUGUUGGAAUUCAGGAUGCCGAAGGCCGCAGCGACGACGAGACCUUGAAGGAUAUUCUGCCUCUGAUCCAACAGUUCAAGGAAGAGCUCUUGGCCCGCCGUGUUCGCCGCGUCACCUUCAUCUGCGGCCGGAAGGACGGUUCCUACCCCGGCUAUUACACCUUCAGGGGUCCUAGCUACGUCGAAGACGACAGCAUUCGUCACAUCGAGCCGUCUCUCGCCUUCCAGCUUGAACUCGCCCGCCUGUCAAAGUUCAAGAUCAAGCCGGUGUUCACCGAGAACAAGAACAUCCACGUCUACGAGGGUAUCGGCAAGGACGUUGAGACUGACCGGCGAUUCUUUACCCGUGCCGUCAUUCGACCAGGCAGACUGCGUGACGAGAUCCCCACUGCUGAGUACCUGAUCUCGGAGGCGGAUCGUGUUAUCAACGACAUCUUCGACGCACUCGAGAUCAUUGGCACGAGUAACUCGGAUCUCAACCAUAUGUUCCUCAACUUCAGCCCCAUCUUCCAACUGCAACCCAAGGAGGUCGAGGAGUCGCUGCAGGGCUUCCUGGACCGGUUUGGUCCCCGUGGAUGGCGCCUGCGCGUCGCGCAGGUUGAGAUUCGCAUCAUCUGCACGGAUCCAGUCACCAACACCCCGUAUCCCCUGCGUGUCAUCAUCACCAACACCUCAGGAUACGUCAUCCAAGUAGAGAUGUACGCGGAGCGUAAAUCUGAGAAGGGCGAGUGGGUGUUUCACUCUAUUGGCGGUACCACUAAGAUUGGCUCGAUGCACUUGCUCCCGGUCUCGACGCCCUACCCGACCAAGAACUGGUUGCAACCCAAGCGUUACAAGGCUCACCUCAUGGGAACCCAAUACGUCUACGAUUUCCCGGAACUCUUCCGCCAGGCAAUUCAGAACAGCUGGACAAAUGCGGUCAAGGCGAAUCCUGCGUUGGCGCCAAAUCAACCCCCCACUGGUGAAUGCAUCGACUUCAACGAGCUCGUCUUGGACGAUCAGGACAACUUGGCCGAGGUGUCCCGCGAGCCUGGUACUAACACUUGCGGUAUGGUCGGCUGGUUGAUCAACGCUCGUACGCCCGAAUAUCCCGCGGGACGUAAGUUCAUUGUUGUGGCCAACGACAUCACCUACAACAUUGGCUCCUUCGGUCCCAAGGAGGACAAUUUCUUCUUCAAGUGCACCGAGUUGGCUCGCAAGCUGGGCAUCCCCCGAAUUUACCUGUCGGCAAACUCUGGUGCCCGCCUUGGUCUCGCCAACGAGUUGAUGCCUCAUUUUCACGUCGCUUGGAAUGAUCCCGAGAAGCCCGAAGCCGGGUUCAAGUAUCUCUACCUCAAGGAUGAAGCCAAGCAUAGGUUUGAGAAUGAGGUCAUCACAGAAGAAGUCACAGAAGACGGUGAGAAGCGGCACAAAAUCGUCACUAUCGUCGGCGCUGAGGAUGGGUUGGGCGUCGAAUGCUUGCGCGGGUCGGGUUUGAUUGCGGGUGCCACAAGCAGGGCUUAUAAUGACAUCUUCACCUGCACGCUCGUGACCUGCCGCUCUGUCGGUAUCGGUGCGUACCUCGUACGUCUCGGCCAACGUGCUGUGCAGAUCGAGGGCCAACCCAUCAUACUCACUGGUGCUCCCGCGCUCAACAAUCUGCUCGGACGUGAGGUCUACACUUCCAACCUGCAGCUUGGCGGCACCCAAAUCAUGUAUCGAAACGGUGUCUCUCAUCUGACAGCCAAUGACGAUUUCGCCGGCGUCUCCAAGAUCGUUGAAUGGAUGUCAUUUGUCCCGGAGAAGCGAAAUGCCCCGGUGCCGAUCCUCCCUGGCGUCGAUCACUGGGACCGAGACGUCGUCUACACGCCGCCUCAGAAGCAGCCUUACGAUGUAAGGUGGAUGAUUGCUGGCAAGCAGGACGAGGAUGGCUUCCAACCUGGCCUGUUUGACAAAGAUUCAUUCGUCGAAACGCUUGGCGGCUGGGCCCGCACUGUUGUGGUUGGCCGUGCCCGUCUCGGUGGUAUCCCUAUGGGCGUCAUCGGCGUCGAGACCCGAUCUGUCGACAACAUCACCCCCGCCGACCCUGCCAAUCCCGACUCGAUUGAGCAGCUCACGAUCGAGGCCGGUGGUGUCUGGUACCCCAACUCCGCGUUCAAGACGGCUCAAGCCAUCAACGACUUCAACCACGGUGAGCAGCUGCCGCUCAUGAUUCUUGCCAACUGGCGCGGUUUCUCGGGUGGCCAGCGUGACAUGUACAACGAGGUUCUCAAGUAUGGCUCCUUCAUUGUUGAUGCCUUGGUCAAGUUUGAGCAACCCGUCUUCAUCUACAUUCCGCCCUUCGGUGAGCUUCGCGGUGGCUCGUGGGUCGUCGUAGAUCCAACCAUCAACCCCACCUUUAUGGAGAUGUAUGCGGACGUGGAAGCCCGCGGUGGUGUUCUGGAGCCCGAGGGUAUCAUUGGCAUCAAGUACCGAAAGGAUAAGCAGCUCGAAACGAUGGCCCGCCUUGAUCCACUCUACUCCAGUCUCAAGAAGCAGAUGGCCAAGGAGGGUCUAUCCAAGGAGGAGACGGACAAUCUCAAGAAGCAGAUGACGGAGCGUGAACAGCAGCUCCUGCCCGUCUACGCCCAGAUCAGCCUGCAAUAUGCCGACCUGCACGACCGCGCCGGACGCAUGAAGGCGAAGGGUGUUAUCCGGGAAGUGCUGGAGUGGCGCAAUGCCCGACGCUUCUUCUACUGGCGCGUGCGCAGAAGACUUAAUGAGGAAUAUAUUCUCCGGCGCAUCAAGAACCUCACCUUGGGCAUCCACAGCAAGGGCGGUGCCACGUACUCUUCGGCAUCAACCGAGACAGCGCGCGAUCGUCACCUCGCCAUGCUGCAGGCGUGGAGCGGAAUUCCCGACUUUGCGAACAAUGACAGAGAGGUGGCGGAGUGGUAUGAGAAGAACCGAAAACUGGUACACGACAAGGUUGAUGCGCUUAGGAGCGAGGCGAUCGCGGCCGAGAUGCGGGAUCUCGUGCGCGCCGGCAGCAACAACGAGGCUACCGAGAGCGCUGCUUGGAGGGGCGUGCGCGACAUGCUACGCGUGAUGCCCGUAGAGGAGAGGGACAGGAUUCUCGACUAUUUGAAGCAGGUUUAAGCGAGAUCGGUGUAUACAGCGGAUUGUUAGAGCGAGUGAUCAGUGAUGGCUGGUGGGCUGUUUGUUUGAUGAAAGAUAUGGGUUACGUAUGUGAUCAGCGAGUAUUUAUUGUUCCUUCUCAUUUCGUUGCUUGUCUGUCUUUGAGUGAACAUCCAGCGAUGGCUCCUGAUUAGCAUUGAGCUGAGUGGUGA